AUGAGCUGGGCUUACCCCUUGACGGGGCUCGCCACCCCGCUGGACGACAUCCUUCGUGUGCUGCGGGACAUCAUGCAUGCUGAGGCGCUCGACGGCCAACUCGCGAUGGAUCACCUGCAGUGCUUCCUCGGGUACGACCUGACAGGGCAUACUAGCAGCCAGGUAUUGGGAAUCUUGUACGGGGAGGGUAGUGCAGGCAAGAGCGUUCUCAUGGCUCUGCUGAGGCUGCUCCUCGGGAGGUUCUACAAGGACAUGAACAAGGACAUCAUCGUGAGCGCGAGGGGACAGAGGGCGGCCGCGAAGGGCGCGGCAUCCCCCUUGGAAGCAGGGGAGGAAGCUCAUCCCUUAGAGAUUCUGGGUGUGAGCGACCGGGGCCGAGUACAAAAAACCCGUCCCUCCUGUCUCUCCUGUCUUUUUCCCUGCCGUUUGAAGGUGCAUCAUAGCUGCGAGACCAAGACUCUCUUGUUGAAAGUCUGCGAGGCAAAGCCCCCUCAAUGUGCUGCAGGGCUGAAGGGUAUUCUGAUGGCGGGCGUCGAAGAGACGAACGUCACCGACACACUCAACGAGGGAGGGGUCAAAAAACUAACGGGCACGGAGGUGGUCACGGGGCGGCCCCUGUUCAAGGACUUUGUCACAUUCAAUGCGACGAUGCUGCUCAUCCUCCGUACGAACCACCUUCCACAGACUGAGAAGGCUUGGUCGAUCGCCCUCCGGAGGCGGCUCCAGCUGGUCUGCUUUCCAAAGCGCUACUUCUCCGUCAACGAGGUUGGCUACGACUCGACAAACCCCCUCCAUGGGGUCGUAGACACCAAGCUCAUCGCGCGGCUGAGCGACGCUCCGCACAUGGAGCAGUUUCUGGUCUGGCUCGUACAGGGCGCCGUCCGAUGGUACGCGAACGGGGAGCAGCUGCUCCCCAUGCCCGCGCGCAGCAUCGCAGCAUUGGAUGCCUACCAGGUCGACAACGACCCCUUCGCGGCCUUCCUGGAGUGGAGCUGCGACUUCGGGCCGAACCUGUUCAUGCCGACCGUCGCGGGGAUGCAGGCGUACAACAACAGGGCACGCCUGGUGGACGGGCAGCCCGCGGCUUACACGUUCGACUUCGUGGGGACGAAGAAGUUCAAGGAACUGAUGGCCAGCAGAGCUCAGUUCCGAGGACCGGCGAAGACGAACGUCCUGGGACUCGGCACGAUAGUUGGUGUCACGGAGCGCGGAUACCGGGGCCUGGCCCUGAAGCAGCCACUGCCGGUCGCGCCCGGUAGUCACCCGGCAUAG